UUGGGUGUUCCUGUUAUUCUGAGAAACUCAGAAGAAACAGAAUCCAGCACAAGAGUUUUGAAAAAGCGGAUGAGACAAGUGAAGAAUCCUUUUGGGUUAGAAAUCCCUCAUCCUGCUACAGCCUCAGUAACAAAGGGUGUAACACUGACACCUGAUUGUCUGGAAGACUGUAUUCUUACAUGCUACUGGGGCUGCAGUGUUCAAAAACUCCACGAAGCGUUGCAGAAACAUGUCUACUGCUUCAGAAUAAAGACUCCUCAGGCAUUAGAGGAUGCUCUGUACAGCGAAUACCUCUAUCGACAACAGUACUUCAUUAAAAAAAAUGACAAGGAAGAAAAAUAUUGUCAGUUACCAGAAGAUGCUCAAGUUGUCGAUUUUGGCCCAGUGCCUAGAUCUCGCUAUCCGUUGAUAGCAUUGUUGACGUUAGCUGAUGAAGAAGACAGAGAAAUAUAUGAUAUUAUUUCAAUGCUGGCUGUAAUUCACAUUCCUGAUGAGAGCUACAGACUUUCCUGCAGAAUAUUGUAUCAGUAUCUACUUCUAGCUCAAGGUCAAUACCAUGAUCUGAAGCAACUCUUCAUGUCUGCAAAUAGUACUGCACCAUCUUCAAGCGAUACGUCCCCUGGUGAGAGAAGCUCUGACAGAAGCUUGCUAGAAAAGGCCGGACUGGCUGAAGAUGAACCAGAAUUGCACGAAGAAAACAGCAAAGACUGUGUUGUUUGCCAGAAUGGCACAGUGAACUGGGUACUCCUGCCCUGCAGGCACGCGUGCUUGUGUGAUGGCUGCAUUAAGUACUUUCAGCAGUGUCCAAUGUGUAGGCAGUUUGUUCAAGAAUCUUUUCCACUUUGCAGUAAAAAGGAGCAAGAUGAAGAUGAAUCGACCCAUAUCUCGCAAGAUGUUCUUCCUGAAAGAGAGUUUUAAUGGGGAAAAAAAUAGAAGAACUGGGUUGUAUACACCGAGAUUAAAUAUAGAAAACAGACUGUUUAUGGGAGGAUAUGUAGCAUUAACUCAUAUGGUUUUGCUUUUUAUCGUUAGGUAAUUUUCAGCUUCCUUGUUUUUCUUCGCCCCAUAUGCUCGCAGGAACACUACGCUUAUCCAUGCAAUGUGGACAGAAGAAGUGCGUAGGCUAUCUUUGAAGGAUGUAAUUUUAUUUAUAACUUCUUACUAGUUUUUCAUGGAGUACUAGUGGAGGCUAUUUUGAUUACUAAAUUUAGUAUAUCGACUAAAAAAAGAAUAAAACUUGCAAUUGAAGUUGCACACAGCUCAUUCUAUAUUUAUUGUAUUUAAAAUACUAGAGCAAUAUAUCAGUUUAACUCAGUAUACUUUAGAAACAUAGCACUUUACCGAAUGUGUCAAAUGAAGGAAAGUAAAUAUUCUUCAU